AUGCCGCCCCGCCGCGAAUUCUUUGGGAUCCACGUCGAGACGAUCGAGCCGCAGCGGUGGUUCAUGCCGCGCUUCUCCAUCACCGUGCCGCUGUCGGUGUGGAUGCCCGGCAAUUAUUGGCUGCAGGCCACCGUCGUGGGGCCGUUGAACAAGGGGCAGCACUUUUCGGUGACGCGCAAGGAGCUGGACAGCUUCACCCUGGAGUACGCGCGGCCGAUGACGCCCGCCCCGGGCAGGCGCGCUUACGAGCCGCCCUGCAGGCUGGAGAUCCACUGGGCGGCGCGGCCGGAUCACGGCAUGCUCACGGGCGACGUGGAGGAAGCUGACGUGGCGUCACCGUGA